GAUGAGUCUAGUUUUUCUUGACUUUUCCAUCCAUUUCAGUUCAUCGUCACUACCAUCAACCUUUUUAACCGGGACAACAUGGCUACUGCAGCGAGUCGUUACUACAGCGAAGACGGCAGGGCAACGAAACGACAGAAAACCGACGGCAUGGCCACGGGAUAUGAAGAUCCACACAAGACCCUUCCCUCACUGGUGGUGCACGUCCGCGGGCUGGUGGACGGCGUCACAGAGGCUGACCUUGUGGAGGCCUUGCAAGAAUUUGGAGCCAUCAGCUAUGUGGUGGUGAUGCCCAAGAAGCGUCAGGCUCUGGUGGAGUACGAAGACAUGAACGGGUCGUCCACUGCUGUCACCUAUGCUGCAGACAACCAAGUGUACAUCGCCGGUCACCCAGCCUUCAUCAACUACUCCACCAGCCAGAAGAUCUCCAGGCCGGGAGACUCCGACGACUCCAGAAGUGUGAACAACGUUCUUCUGCUCACCAUCAUGAACCCCAUCUACCCCAUCACCACGGAUGUCCUCUACACCAUCUGCAACAACUGUGGGCCCGUCCAGAGAAUCGUCAUCUUCAGGAAGAACGGCGUCCAGGCGAUGGUCGAAUUUGACUCUGUGCAAAGCGCCCAGCGGGCCAAGGCGUCUCUGAACGGAGCAGACAUCUACUCCGGCUGCUGCACGCUGAAGAUCGAGUACGCCAAGCCCACUCGCCUCAAUGUGUUCAAGAACGACCAAGACACCUGGGACUACACAAACCCCAAUCUGGGAGGCCCAGAUGGUGAUGCAGAUGGCAAUGGGAGCAAUGCAGACGAUGUGAAUGCCAACCCCAACAAGCGCCAGAGACAGCCUGCUCUGCUGGGCGACCACCCUCCAGAGUACGGAGGCGGUUACCAUGGUUACGAAGAGAGCUAUGGAUCUCCACCAUAUGAGGGUCGCCGCAUGGGCCCACCAAUGAGAGGGCGCGGAGGAAGAAGCUACGGGCCGGGCUACGGGCCUCCUCCCCCUCCUCCUGGCGAGUAUGGCGGCCACGCCGAGUCUCCUGUUGUUAUGUUGUACGGACUGGACCCUCUCAAGAUGAACGCAGACCGCGUCUUCAACAUCUUCUGUCUCUAUGGCAACGUGGAGCGGGUCAAGUUCAUGAAGAGUAAGCCUGGAGCAGCCAUGGUGGAAAUGGGAGACUGCUAUGCGGUGGACCGCGCCAUCACUCACCUCAACAACACUUUUCUCUUUGGACAGAAAUUGAACGUGUGUGUGUCCAAGCAGCAAGCUAUUGUACCCGGUCAGUGCUACGAGCUGGAAGACGGCACGAGUAGUUUCAAGGACUUCCACGGCUCCAGGAACAACCGCUUCACCUCCCCAGAACAGGCGGCCAAAAACCGCAUUCAGCACCCGAGCAACGUGUUGCACUUCUUCAACGCCCAGCCAGACGUGACGCCAGAUGUUUUCUCUCAGAUUUGUGAGGAGAUUGGCGUCAAGUGCCCCGUCAACGUCAAAAUGUUCACAGGAAAGAGUGGCGCAGCUCCCAGUGACCGCAGUGCUUCUGGUCUGCUCGAGUGGGAGUCCAUCAACGAUGCCAUGGAGGCCCUGGCCAUGAUGAACCACUACCAGAUGAAAAACGCAGCUGGUCCUUACCCAUACACCCUCAAACUGUGCUUCUCCACCGUUCAGCACACCAACUGAGCGCACCAGGAAUACAAAGACUGGUCCACCAUUCCCGUGUUCUCGUAUACUUUAACCAUGACGGCUUGCAGACACACCAGGGGAAAAUUACCUCCCUAAAAAAAAGUCAGAUGCUGUGAAAUAAAACCUUCUCACAGUGCGGCCGAAGAGCAAACUCCUCAUAUUUGGUAUAUCAAGCAGACUUCACAAAUGCAAACAGGCAUUGAAACUUUUUGAUACUUAAUGCCCCAGCUGUGGUUUAGAGUAUCAGUAACUGUGUGUCUUUGAUAUUGAGUUGUCCUUUUUACUUUUUGUAUUAUGCUUAUACAGUAAUCUGACAUGUGAGAGUAUUUGAAAGGAUUGGUUUUAUGCUCGGGUGGUUCGGUGGCAGUGGACAGUAUGAUUUUGUAAAAGAUUUGUCUUUUGAAACUUUUAUUAUGGCUCACUUUUUUUUUUCUUUCUUUUUGUGUAAUUUUAAUUGCUUCCUGAGUUCUGCGUCUUCACGGCUGGUAAGCAGAUGGAGAAUUUUGUUCUAAGAAAAUAAACGAAAAACUGUUCAAAGUUGA